GGAAGUGAAACGUAAAAGUUAAAGUCCAGAGACUCAGCUCGUCCAGAGGUUUUCUCCUCAUUUCUCCUCCGCUCCUCAGCACCUGACACUAGAAACCAACAUGGCGAAUGGCCAGAUAGAAAUCCACGACCCCUUCAUCAACCAGCAUGACCUCACGCGCGACGAGGAUGCUGCGUCUUCCUCAGACACCGAGGACAUGGAAGACACGCCGGAGUUCCGUCUGCUCAUGGCCUACGCCAAGAGGAGGCGAGGGAACAAGGAGUCGCCUGGACAGAAUGGGAACGGAACCCCCCCACCUUCGACCCCCCUGAUCAGUCCUGACACGCCGGAUGAGAAGAAGAAGAAGAAGAAGAAGAAGGGAUGGAAACGACUUUUGCGAUGCAUCAAACCUCAGACACGGGACGAGGAACCGGGUCAGGCGUCUAAUCCGGAACACGAAGUCCACAACAGAUGUGGUUUUAGGGAUAUUGAACCUGUAGAAAACGAGGAUUUCGACAAAGCUGCAGAGUGUCUGACGGGGAUCGCAGAUGAUUUCCACUUCGUGCCUUCAGAAAUAGACACGGACUCGCCAGAAGACAGCGUGGAGCGGAUGAUUGGUCUCCUGCUGAGGGAGAAGGGAGACGAGCUGAACGAGAGGGAGCUGAAAGAUCUCUCGUUGGACAGAGACAUCUUUUGGAGCUACGAUUUCUUCAAGGCGAUAAUGACGACCCUCUUCGACCGGAUGGGCUUCAGGUCCUCAGCCCCCGACUCCCCGGGGCCUCAGGCGUCGCCCAAAGCCAACAUGGCCUUGGCCUUAGAGGCCACCAAUCGCCUGGCAGCCCUGGAGACGCUUCCCAGUAAACGGAUAAACAACUACGGAGCCAAAUAUGUGAAGGAGAAUCACUCGUCCUGGGCUCAAGAGCACGGAGGAUACGAGGAAGCAUUCGAGCACGACGACGAGGAGGACGAUUAGUGACAACCUGCCAUGAUGGACCUCCAGGGGGCGCUAACACCUGCGGUUCAGUCCGUUUACAGACGUAAUGUUUAAAAUGUUCUCAGGGAACAAAACAAGACCUUCAACAAUUUAUAACUUCAUUUAUUUUCAUUCAUCUUUUCUCUUGGGGCCAAACUUUUACAAAUCUCAAAGGUACUUUGGGCCAAAGAAGAGAGAAUGUUUGUUCUGUACCGUUCUUCUCAUCCACCUAGAAAUGAUUGUAACUUGUGUUUCUUUGGGAUGUGUCAGGUCUGUAGACUUUUAAUAAACAGGUUAUUUUCUCUAUUAUACUUUAAAAACAACUUUCUUUAGACAAGUUGAGUUAUGCUGAACAAAUGCACU